CCCUCGCGCUCUCUCCUCGCGCUCUCUCCGCAGCCGCGCGCUCCUAUAGGCUAAUCAGUUGGUAGUUUUAUCACAGCCUCAGCAUCCUCUCUCCCUCCUCCGGCAGCAGAGGAACACCGACAGCCCGAGCGAACACUGGUGUUUUUGACCGCGGCCAUGGUGGAAAUGACGGAUAUCGUGUGCCUUCUCGUCCCGCUGGUGAUGCUGGCGGGCUCCAGUCUCCAGACCGAUGGGAAGAGCGGCAAAGAAGCGGAUAAGACCGGGAAUUUCAUGGAAGACGAGCAGUGGCUGUCCACCAUUUCACAGUACAGCCGCAAGAUCAAGCACUGGAAUCGCUUCAGAGACGAUGAUUAUGUGCGUACCUGGGACGAAAACCAAGGCUCCAGUGACAAUGUAGACACAACCAAGGACCCCUGUCAGAAGGUUAAGUGUAGCCGGCACAAGGUGUGUAUCGCCCAGGGCUACCAGAGAGCUGUGUGCGUCAACCGCAAGAAGCUGGAGCAUAGACUGAAGCAGCCUGCUCUCCGCUCUCCUGACGGCAGCUGUCAGCCCUGUCCCAUAUCCUCCACCGGGCCUGUAUGCGGCUCCGACGGACACAACUAUGCUUCUAAGUGCAAGUUGGAGCAGCAGGCUUGUCUUACAGGGAAGGAACUGACGAUGAAGUGCGCGGGCCUGUGUCCUUGUCCCACCGCCGCUCCCACCGCCAAGGACGCCAAACGCGAGAGCUGCACCGGGCAGGAUCUGGCUGAUCUGGGCGAGCGUCUAAGGGACUGGUUCCAGCUUCUGCAGAGCAACGCCAAACAGAACAACAACAGCAAGAGUGGAGCCAAGAGCAGCACACCCUACUCUGCAUCAGUGCUGGACAGGAGCCUGGGGGCCAGCUGUAAGGACUCCAUAGGCUGGAUGUUCUCCAGACUGGACACUAAUGGAGACCUGUACCUGGACCAAGCCGAGCUGGCAGCCAUCAACCUGGACAAAUAUGAGAUCUGCAUCCGGCCCUUCUUUAACUCCUGUGACUCUUACAAGGACGGCAAAGUGUCUACAGCUGAGUGGUGCCUCUGCUUCUGGAGAGAGAAACCUCCAUGCCUGGCUGAACUGGAGAGAAUCCAAGUGCUGGAUGGAGGCAAGAGAAAGUUGGGUCGUUUCAUCCCGAGCUGUGAUGAGGAUGGCUACUACAGGAAGCAGCAGUGUGACCGGGGGGAGUGCUGGUGCGUGGACCAGGAGGGGGGUGAGGUGGCGGGCUCCAGGAUCCACGGCAAGCCUGACUGUAAUGAUGAAAUGACAUAUUCGGGCGAUUUUGGCAGCGGGGUCGGAUGGGAGGACGAAGAGGAGAAGGAGACCGCGGAGGAGGCUGAGGAAGAAGAGGGAGAGGCGGAUGACGGGGGGUAUAUCUGGUAGGGUCGUGAACGCGUUUCCCAAAUAUCGACAUUAGGAGCAUUACUACGGUUCCAGACAACACAAAAAUCUCGGAUCAAUAGAGGCCGAAAGGGGUGCACGAGUUAGAAGACUGCUUAUUGUAACGUACUGGGAGUGUUUCAUGUAAAAGAAUGUUUAAAAUGGGGGUAUAUUGGGGGAAAAGGGAGUUAAAAAAUCACUGUAGACAUUGCCGGCUCUGCAUUGAAGAGUUGUGUCUCUCAUACUUGUGAAUAUUUGUUCUAUUCUGUAUGUCUUAAAUGAUCUUAAAGCCGUUUUAGCUGAUGCAGGUGCUCGCAAAACAUAUGGGUGCAUUUUAACUGUUUGAAUUGUUAAUGUUCAAGUUUGCCUUCAAAUGAGUGGUUCUCAAAUGAUUGUGGUUGCUCCAAAAUGUUAUUGUAAUGUAUAUUAUAUGAUUAUGAUGCUGGUGUGAUUAAAGACAUGGUCAGAAGAAUGUAGCUGUUAUAUAAACUCCAGUGUUUUCGGCUAGAAGCCUGGAUAGCCAUCAACCCUUCUCUUUGUAUUCUGUAGUGUUAGUUAGCCUGGUACUGCUUUGAUUGAAUGCCAUUUUAAAGUGGAACUAAACACCUAAACUCUGCCCCUAACCCCAUUUCAAAUAGAGCUGGUAACUUGGCCAGUACUUGUAGGACUAAAGAAAAGAGUGAUGGGGGAGGAGGGGUGGGGUCUAGAGGUAUAAACAACAGUGUGAUUGGUCUAAAUGGUACUCACAUUACAAAUUCCACCCUUGCAGCUGGGUGUUUGUAAUCCCAAAAUCACAAACACCUGGCUGUAAUCAGGGUAGUCCUGUGUGAUGUCAUACAGUACUUGAAAUUGCAGAGGUCACUGGAGACAGCACACACUUUUUGACUGUUUUUAAUCAGAAAGCUGCAAAUUCAUCUAGUUUGCACUAAAAUGACCAACUAAAGUGACCAAAAAGGACUAGGAAUAGUACACAAUACUAUUAAAACAUCAUAUAUAGUUUAUCAGCAAAAAAAAGUUGAUUGGUUCCACUUUAAGGUGCAACUAACAUGCAAUUGGCAAACCAGAGUAAUAUGACAUAUUUACCUGUUCACUUUCUUCACUAUGAGCAGAGACAGCUGGUACAUUACCCAAAAUAGCAUUGCAGCAUUUUUAGAACUGCCAGAUGAGGUGGUAUUGUGCAGUAGCAGAUCCAGUGUGUACGCCAUUUUUAUUUGAUUGGAGGUAAGAAUACACCAGAGGGGAUAAGACCUUAUUUGGAACUGUCCCAGACUGACUUUCUCUGUACAGAAUACAUGGACAAAGUCAGAUGACUAUCCAGGCACCUCAAGUAGUGAAGUUUAAAACUGGUUUAUAUAUAGCUUCAGUAUAGUGACACGGUUUAACUUUCCUGAAACCUACAUGUUGCUUCGUUUCCUUCAGGAGCAUUGUUUUUAUACCAGAUGCCCUCCCCCAAAACUACUCAAUUUAACCAGGCAUUGGACCAGCACAAUUAGUGACGGCAAUUCCUCAACACACCAAGAUAUACGAUCACAACAGUACUGGCAUUUUCAUAUUUAUAUCCUUGAAAUGUUUGGGAAUCACUGCAUGCGAAAAAUAGCUAUGUUUUCUUGACAAAUAAAUUGAUGAAAUAUGCUAUUAGAUUGUUUUUAAAAAAGCACCCGUUAAAGACAUCAUUUCCAUCGGCUUGGGCUCUCGUGUGUGCGGUCUCGCUGUCUCAUCUGUCACACCUCACUCUUAGCUUGUACAUACUGUGUGCUCCAAGACAGACGCUCACAUUCUAGUCUCGUUACGCUCGGAAAGAUUAGCAGAAACACGUGGCUCGGUUGACAACUGUACAUCGUGUCAUAUUGUGGAUCGAUUAUUGUGUUUAUUACAAAAAAGAAAUAAAAGAUUCUUGUCUAUGUGGCUCCAAAAGCCACCGU